AUGGAGUGGUUUAUCUGUCUUCUUCUAUUGGUGACUGCGGCCAGAGGACAAGGGACAUUUGAUUGCAGCUUUGAAGAUGGUUCAUGUGGAUGGAUACAAUCCACUGAUGAUGACGUGGACUGGGUUCGCACCCAAGGUGACGUAGCCGAAGGACCAUUAUUUGACUAUAACGUCGGCGGCAGCACGGGGUUUUAUUACUACAUUGAUGAUUUUGGCGGUACAAGUUCUGGCAAGUCGGCCAUUCUCGUGAGUCCUGACGUCAUAACAAACGGUAAUGGGAUCGGAUGGUGUGUGAGUUUCUGGUUCAACUCCUACCCUAAACGAGAGAUGGGUUCAAUAGAUGUUUACGCCUAUCCCUCUACGGAGAGUGUUGGUACCCAGACUCCUAUAGCUAGCAUUCAAGGGCAUCAGACUGGUAGGAGGGCAUGGCUACAGACUAUGACUGAAAUACCCAACCAAUCAACAAACUUCACUGUUGCAUUAGCAGCCAAUCAGCAGCCAUUAUCAAGUGAUGUUUAUGCCAUUGAUGAUGUCUCUAUAACACAAGGAGAUUGUCACGUUAACUUAACCUUUGAUUGUGACUUUGAGGCUGGAUUUUGUGGGUGGAGCCAAUCACUUGAUGAUAACAGCAACUGGGUUAUAGAGAGGGGAAGUACAGCCCACUCAAACACCGGCCCGAUGUUUGACCAUACCAUUGGAACUAUUGAUGGAAAAUACAUCUAUCUUCAUGGUAUAUCUUCUGGGGACAAGGCUGUCCUCUUAAGUCUAGAUGUAGUGACUCGAUUCAGCCAAAGCAGAGUGGUCAGUUUCUGGUACAAUAUGUUUGGUGGUGCAGUAGGUACUUAA